CUGGGGCCUCGCGGUGGCGCAGAGCGUGAACCAGUGCCACGCGGCGCAGGGCCCUGGGCUGGGGCAGCGGCUGGGGCUGUCGCCGCCGAUGGCGGAUCGCCGCGGCCCCGCGGUGUUGCGGGAGGACGCGGCGGCGGCGCACAACGUGUGCGUGGACAACUUCGGCGUGAUCAGUGCGGGGCGAGACGCAGGCGCGGCUGGCUUCGCGGGCGCGCGCGAGGCCUUCGAGCGGGCAGGCCUGGCGCUGCACGACCGCUUGGAGGAGCCGAACGCGAUGGAGAGCCUGGGCGUGGAGCUGGACGCUGAGAGGCGCGAGGCGCGGCUUACCGUGGCGCGCUACUGGCGGCUGGAUGCUGGGCUGCGAUGGUUGCUGGCACGGCGAAAGGUCUCUACGCACGUGGUCGAGGUUUUCGCAGGCCACUGCACCAGCGUCGGUCUGCUCGUGAGGCAGACGAUCUCCGCCUUUCACGCUGUGUACAAGUUCGUGCUGGCCUACCCCGCAGGCCUUUUCCCGAUGUGGAGCUCGGUGAGAGCUGAGUUCACCGCCAUCUUGGGGCCCAUGCCGCUGUUGAUCGCUUCUUGGGAGUUGCCCUGGAGUGGAGUGGUCGACGCCAGCGACGCGAGCGAGGGCGGGUGGGGAAGCUGCCCCACGUGGUGGGGAGCUGAAGUUGCAGCCCUGCACGGACGCGUGCCCGAGAGGUCGAAAUGCAAGCUGUCUUCGGCCUCAGCCAGAGCCCACGCCUUGCAACAGGCUGGCUUGGACUCCUUCGACGUUGAGGAGCCCGAGCUCUUGGGGGAGGACUUCGAAGAGGCGGGGGGCUUCCCUGAGAUCCCAAGGCGCCUGCUUGACAAGCGGGACUGGCGAGUCACCCUUCGGGGCCGCUGGAGAGCGGCGGAACACAUCACCCUGUCGGAGGCCCGAGCGGCAGUGGCCAUGCUGCAUCGGGGUGCGCGGGCGCGGCCUGGCGCUGGCGUUCGCAAGUUGUAUCUAGGUGACAACCUGGGGAUGGUGUUGGCCUUCGAACGGUGCCGGGCUCGAGAUUUUGCAAUGCUGACUCAAGUAAAAAAUGGUGCGCGAUUUGUCUUGCAAGAGAGAUUCGACCAGCUACCAGGUGGAUUCCGUCAGAGUGGAAUGUUGCAGAUGAGCCCUCCAGAUACCUCCGUGGUGGCCCUCUCCGUUUACCGCAGCCGCCUGGGCUCGAGCUUCGAGCGGGGCGGCGGACGGAGUUUCCUCCAGCGCAGCAACCGACGGCGCAUGCGGCCGCAUGCUGGGCUGUGCGCGACGUACCCGCCGAGGGCGAGCAAGCGCACACGGGAGCUCACCGCCCCUGUGGCUGGGCGGCCGCAGGCUGGGCUUGCGGAGCUGGGGCAGCCGAGCAGGCAGCGAGUGCUGACAGAGGACGCGGCCCUCGGCUCCUUGACCUCCAGACUGCGCUGCAAGCGGGCGAGGCUCUCCGACGACCUCGAGGAUUUCGUGGAGGACGCUGCCCCCGAUCCGCCCGAUUCGGAGGGCAGCAGCGAGAGCCGGUCGGAGCUGGCAAGGGGGGCGCCCCAGAGGGCGAGGAGGCUCGAGAAGGGUGUCAACCUCGAUCCGAGGAAGGGGACCACGCACCUGGAGGGGAAGAGCGCGACCCCGAGGGUGAUGGGGGACUACCGCCGCCGAGUGAAGAUAGCGCUCGGCUACGCCCAGAGGCGGCAGUUGCCUGCCAACAACGCCGACAAGGUCGACCAGUUGCUCACCCACCUGAUGAACACAAGGUACCGCGACGGCGAGCACAGCAGCUACGGCGGCAAGCUUCUGGCCGCCUGGAUGGCGAUCUACCCCGAGUGCGGGAAGUACGGCCCGCAGCGGUUGCCCAGGAGUGGGCGAGCGCUCAAGGGCUGGAAGCGACUGGUGCCUGGGCGCACGAGGAAGCUUUUCCCGUUUCCAGUCGUGGCCGGCAUAGUUGCGGCGCUGAUCCACUUGGGAGAGCUCGAGGUGUCACUGCGGAUCCAGGUGUGCUUCGGGUUUAACCUCAGGCCCUGCGAGUGCCUGCGGAUCCAGCCAGAGGACCUGAUAGCCCCUGUGGUGGGCAUGUCGGAGCACUGGGGCCUGGUGAGAGCCCCAGAGGGGCGAGGGGUCCCAACCAAGGUGGGCGCCUUCGACGACACGCUGCUGUGGGGCGCCCCCUACCUGAACUCCAUGACUGGGAUGUUCUCGGUGCUGCGGUGGCGGCCACAAGGGAAGCCGAUGUGGAAUCUGGACUACCAGCACGUCCUGAGGCGCUGCCAGGCCAAGGACAACUAUGAGUGGAGGCGGGCGCGCUACCUCUGCGGCACUGCCGAGCCCAAGCUUGACGAGGGCCCUUUCCGCUCGCUCAUGCCCUCGCUGUCCCAGUCCCAGCGGGGCAUGUUUCCCCAUCGUCGUGCCAUGGCGGCCGCGGGCCUGGCCGAGCCCGUCGCGGUCGCAGUGCAGGCUUCGCAGGACAAGUGCGCCGAGGCUCGCGCUCAGGUCGGCGCAUUAGCAGGCCCGCAGCCGGCAUGCCCCCCCGCCCAGCUGCAAGCGGCCCACCAAGCCCUCGACGGCGUGGUCGGCGCCCUGGCGGCUCAGGGCGGCCAGGCGGCGCAGCUCGCCCAGGCGCCGGGGGCUGUCCAGCAGGUGCUGUCCACCCCGGCGCCUGCUGAUGGACUGGCGGCGGGGGCGGCCCCCCCCGUGGCCGCGCCCCUGCCGCAGGCUGAGGCCGAGGGCGACGCGGCGCUGCUGCAGGAGAUAGCGGUCGCCCCCGCCGGCCGUGGCACGGCAGAGGCUUCCUCUGGUCGCCUCGGCUGGAAGACCACGGUGGCGCCCAGCCGCGAUGCAGGCGGCGGCCUCUCGAGUGGCGGCCUCGACGAUGUCUCGUUCGGGGUUUUGAAGCAGCUGGGCGAGGCCUUGCAGGCCUUGGGACAGCCGUUUAUCUUCGGGGGCGACUGGAAUGUGGAGCCUGCGGAGCUCCUGGCGUCUGGGUGGGCGGCCUCGCCCGGGGUCGCCAUAGUGCCGCCUGGGACCUACGCGUGCAGGGGCUCUGGGUUUAAGUGGCACACGCUCGACUAUUUCGUGGCUUACGAGAUGGUCUCUCACAUUCGGUUUCUUCGCAGGGGCCGAGAGCUCCACUUCGGCCUUCGCAGGCUGGCCCUCCUUGUCAUCAUGUACUCCAGGCUCAGGGCCCUGCAGGUAGGUCACGGGGCCCUGCUCGGCCGCCUCGGCCACGUUGCCCCGCCUCGGCUGGAGAGCUAUCGGGAGAUUGGCCUCGCCGAGCUGUGGGCUUCCUUCCAGUGCCUGCCUCUUGCAGUUGCUCCCAGCACGGUCGUUACUGAUUGUCGUGCGAUCGUCGACGGGGCAGCCGCGGGAAAGGCGCGUUGCGUGCGCCUGAAUCGCCUCUAUGCCGAAGUCUGGGAUCGGAUUUGGUCCAAAUUGCAGGACCUGGGGGCCGACGAGGUUGCGGCCCGCUGGGUGCCGCCUCACAAAAGUUGGCCCGAAGCGCAGAGACGCGGCAAGCCCUGGCUUCGCUUUCGAGGCAACGUGCUGGCGGACGAGUUCGCUAAGCGGGCAGGGCUGCCGUGGAGCCCAGCGCGGUGGCGGAAGUGA